GGAAGUGGUGUGUGUUGGUGGAGGAGGAGGUGGCGGCGGCAACAGGAACCUGAAGGGGAAGGCUCGUGGAGUCGGGAAGAACUAGGAGCAAGAUGAAGGUGAAGAUGCUGAGCCGGAACCCGGACAGCUAUGUCCGCGAAACCAAACUGGACUUACAGAGAGUUCCAAGAAACUAUGAUCCUACCUUACAUCCUUUUGAGGUCCCACGAGAAUAUGUAAGAGCUUUAAAUGCCACCAAACUGGAACGGGUUUUUGCGAAACCGUUCCUUGCUUCCCUGGAUGGUCACCGAGACGGAGUCAGUUGCUUGGCAAAACAUCCGAAGAGUCUGGCUACUGUCCUUUCUGGGGCAUGUGAUGGAGAGGUUAGAAUUUGGAACUUAACUAAACGAAAAUGUAUUCAUAUGAUACAAGCACAUGAAGGUUUUGUACGAGGAAUAUGUACUCGCUUUUGUGGGACUUCCUUUUUUACUGUUGGUGAUGACAAAACUGUGAAGCAGUGGAAAAUGGAUGGACCAAGCUUUGGAGAAGAGGAGGAACCAUUGCAUACAAUAUUAGGAAAGACAGUAUAUACAGGAAUUGAUCAUCACUGGAAAGAAGCUGUUUUUGCCACAUGUGGACAGCAAGUAGACAUUUGGGAUGAACAAAGAAGCAGUCCUAUAUGUUCAAUGACUUGGGGAUUUGACAGUAUAAGCAGUGUUAAAUUUAACCCAAUAGAGACAUUUCUCUUGGGAAGUUGUGCUUCUGACAGGAAUAUAGUACUAUAUGAUAUGAGGCAAGCUACUCCUCUGAAAAAGGUCAUAUUAGAUAUGAGAACAAAUACAAUUUGCUGGAACCCUAUGGAAGCUUUCAUUUUUACUGCAGCAAAUGAAGAUUACAACUUAUAUACUUUUGAUAUGCGUGCACUGGACACUCCUGUAAUGGUACAUAUGGAUCACGUAUCUGCGGUGCUUGAUGUGGAUUACUCUCCCACUGGGAAAGACUUUGUGUCUGCUAGUUUUGAUAAGUCUAUUCGAAUCUUUCCUGUGGACAAAAGUAGAAGCAGGGAAGUCUAUCACACAAAGAGAAUGCAACAUGUUAUCUGUGUAAAAUGGACUUCUGACAGCAAGUACAUUAUGUGUGGAUCUGAUGAAAUGAACAUUCGUCUAUGGAAAGCUAAUGCUUCUGAAAAGUUGGGUGUGCUUACGUCACGAGAAAAAGCAGCCACAGAUUAUAACCAGAGGUUAAAGGAGAAAUUUCAACAUCAUCCUCACAUAAAACGUAUUUCUCGUCACCGACAUCUACCAAAAUCUAUCUACAGCCAGAUUCAGGAACAGCGCGUCAUGAAAGAAGCUUGUCGACGAAAGGAACUGAAUCGUAUCAAACAUAGCAAGCCUGGAUCUGUGCAGAGGGUGUCAGAGAAGAAGAAACGCGUAGUGGCAGUUGUGAAAUAAUAUUUGGUAUUCCUACCAAUACUGAUGUCUAAGUAUUUGUUAUGUUUUGAUUUGUGAACUCUACAAAUAAAAGUACUGGCUCUAGUAUAACAACGAA